AUGCCUUCCCCUCUUCCCAGAUUUCGUCAUGGAGUUGACGUCCUCUUGGAGCAAGCCACUGUCUACACGCGCUUCAGUGCCAGGAUUCACACAGUUUCUGGAGCACCUAGCCCCAUCUCACAACCAUGGGGUUGUGGGUCCGAUGUCUCUUCCCUCAAAACACUGCCGCUUCUCUUUUACGUGCAGCUGGAGAAGAGCUAUCGGGCCCAAGCGACGACGGCACGUGCUAUGUCCUCCGUAUCAUUGCUGCAGACGUACCAGGCUAUGUGCCUAGCCGAGCUAGCUAACAUGCUACCUCCUGGUAGCCCGGCAACUGUUCUGCUUAACGAAAUCUGUGUAGCCACGGACUACAGUCUGAGGAUGUCUCGCUGCGCUGCAAUGUCGUUGGGCAGGGCUAUGGCAACUACCGUGGUGUCUCAACGCCACCUCUGGCUCACCUUGUCUGACAUGCCGGAUAGAGACAGGGCCACUCACUUGGACGAGCCCAUCUCCGCUGAAGGACUGUUUGGGCAGUCGCUGGAAUCUAUUCAAGCUUCCUUUGAGCUUCGAAAGAGGCAGGCGGAGGCUUUGAGGAGCACACUGCUGCAAAGAGAUGCCAGACCCAAAGGGCCACCGAGGGGCUUUUCGCGGCUGGCCACGACCGUGCAAACCGUAAAGAGGGCCGCCUUCGCUUCGCCUGCGCCUCCGAGACAGCCGGUAGCUGCGGCGCCGCAUCAGAGUGCCUCACAGAGUUUGCUACCUGUAGGUCGUCUUACUCUUCACUUGGCUCACUGGCGCGCAUGUGCAAUCUCGCCAUGGGUCGAAUCCACACUCUCGUUGGGCUAUCGCCUACAAUUCCGUCGCCACCCACCUCGAUUCACGUCAGUCAUUCAGACAACGUUGACAGGGGAAAGUGCAGAAUUGAAUUCGCUGCUGUUAAAGAAAGCUAUAUGUGUAGUCCCACAGGCUCAAGCACAAUGUGGAUGGUACAGUCGCUAUUUUGUCAUUCCGAAACGCAGCGGAGGUUUGCACCCAAUAUUAGAUCUCAGGUCGCUAAACAAGCAUUUGAGGGUGUACAAAUUUCGAAUGUUAACAGUACGCCAACUGCUGAACUUGGUGAAGCCGGGGCAAUGGUUUACAUCGAUAGACCUGACCGACGCAUUUCAACACGUAAAGUUUCUCAGAUUUGUGUUCCAGGGCACAGCCUACGAAUACCUAGUACUCCCGUAUGGGCUAGCCCUCUCGCCCAGGGUCUUCAUGAAAGUGCUAGAAGCAGCCCUCGCCCAUUUACGGGCUCAAGGCAUACAAAUUCUAGCCUAUCUAGACGAUAUGGCCAUAGUUGCUCAUUCGGAACAGCAAACUCUUGGGCUUAAUGGCCUCAAUGAUAGCAGUCAUUUCCUCCCAGCCCUGCAGGGCCAUCAUGUUUUAGUCAGAACAGACAACUCAACAGUGGUGUCCUACAUAAACAGACAGGGGGGAACACAUUCACUCCCACUGCUGGAGCUCUCCCGGUCUCUUCUCCUGUGGAGCCAAGAGCACCUGCAGUCAGUCAGGGCGACUCACGUCCCGGGUUCUCUCAACCAGGGGGCAGAUCUUCUGUCCAGAGGAGGCCCGCUUGUGGGAGAGUGGCGGUUACACCCCAAAGUAGUGUCACAGAUCUGGGAUCGGUUUGGCAGGGCCGACAUCGAUCUCUUCACAUCCAAAGAAAACGCGCAUUGUCCCCUAUUCUUCUCAAUGCGAGACUCCAGCGCCCCCCUCGGGGUGGACGCGCUGGCACACAGUUGGCUGACCGGCCUCCUUUACGCAUUUCCCCCAGUGGAGUUAAUUAUGCCCACCUUGGAGAGAGUGCAUCGGGACAGGUUGUCUCUGAUCCUGGUGGCCCCCUGUUGGCCAGCGAAGCCAUGGCAUGCGGAGAUAAUCAGCCUCAUGGUAGAGGAGCCGUGGCCCCUCCCGCUUCGCCGAGACCUCCUGUCACAGGCUGGGGGGGAGAUACUUCAUCCCCGACCAGAGUUGUGGCGCCUACAGGCCUACCGGCUGAGCGGUCUAGUCUAG